AACGAUUAUAUUUGACGUUUUUAUAUUUUCUUAGAUCUUUGAUCUAACGUAGACCGACGUGUAUACCAUACCAUCAAUACCUUCAAUACCAUCGUAACGAUGGAAGACAGAAAAAGAACUUAUGCUGAACAAAGUUCAUCUUCGUCGGACAAAAGCCCUCCCCCUAAGAGACAACUUUUGUCAUCACAACAAUCAAGGUCAAAUCACGGUGUAAAUGGCCAAGCCACCACUUCCUCAAGUAGCUCAAAUAGUUACCAGGAUUAUGCUAAUAUAGAUAUUUCUGAUCCAAAAUGGCUUGAGCUUUAUCAAAAAGAGGCUAUUAUACGUGCUUUACGCGAAUAUAAACGGGAAAGUGAGCGGAUAAAUAAGUGGAAUGAGCAACUUAAAGAGAAACAGAUUAAUUAUGAAGACCAUUUAAGUGUUGUAAAUAGGUGCUGGAAUAAGCUAUUAAAUGAUUUACGAUUGAUUGUCUCCAAAAUUGAAGAUGAUGGAAAAUUAUCGAGCUUAAUUCCUUCAGAUGAACAACUUCGAGAAUCAAAAUUCCUUGCUCAAAUAUCACAAUUUGAGCAAAAUGAUGAAAUUAUCGAAAGGAUUGAAGAAUCGCUAACAGAAAAAUUUGCAACUACUAAAAGGGUUAUUAAUACUCUGCUUGAGAAGAUUAUUGCGUGGAUAGAACAAAGAAAUAAAUUAAUAAAGGUUUUACAAAAUGAAAAAGACCCAGUGUUGAAAGAGAGUAAAGUAAUUCAUAAUCUUAAGGGUGAAAAUGAAAAUCUAAACCUUCUCAUCGCACGCAAUCAGAAGGAACUGGAUGAAUUACAAGCACAGCAUCACACAGUAUCAUUUGAGAAAAGUACUAUUAAAGACGAGUUAGAGAAGACUAAAAAUCGACUUGAAGUAGCAGAAGAACGUCUUGAAGUCGCUAAAGAUGAACUUGUUCAGGCAGAAAAACGUUUAGAUAGAUCUAAAAGUGUAACUCUUGGAUAUUGGACACAUCCUGGAAGUAAUGUAUUUGGAUCAUCAACCACUUCUGAAAGUGAUAAGCCAAGCCAUAAUAAUCGCCAAACAGACGAAAAUUUAAAACAAUUUAAAUUUUUGGCCGAAUCACGAUUAAAAGAAUUAGAAGAAUUGACUAAUGAACGAUCUAAGUUAAAGGAAGAAAUUCAUCAUCUCCGAGAACAAUUUAAAAACCUUCCUGAAGAUCGUAUAAUAGAAUCUCAAGUGUAUCGAAAUUUACAAGUGCAAUAUUUUCACUGUAAAGACAAUUUAGAUUAUAUACGAACAGUUAUGGAACAAAAUAGUCGAGAUAUGGAAAAAAUGACAGCAACACGAAAUUCAGCAACAAAUCAAAUACAAGAAGAAACAAAACAAACUGUUAAGGAGAUGGAAGAUCAACUAAAUAAGCUGCUUCUUGAUUUAAAUCGAAUUCGUGCUCAAAGGGAUGAUGUAUUAAUGGAGGUGGAUAAAUUGAGAGCAAUGUUACCGCAAGAAUUUCGUCAAAUAUCUGCUCUGCGGGUACUUGCUAAUGAUAGGAAAACAAUAAUACGUCAGUUAAUGACUGAGAUUCAGAGACUUAAUAUGAAGAUUGCUGCUAAUGAGGGUAAUAAGCAAGCAAUGGAUUUUUAUUGUACACCUGCGGAACCACCGGACGUUUCUUAUGAGGAAAUUCAACAAGGAAAAAAUUCAUUUGAGCUAAUAAAAAGACAAUUAUCUUAUGACCAUCAUUUACAGGAAGAAUUAAAUAAAUCAGAAAAAAAAAAGGCGGAGCUUCAAAAAGAAUUGGAUGAGCUGAAAAACACUUUGAACCUUAAUAAUAUGGGAGAAUAUCAUGAAAUUAUACAUUCCGAAACUAGAUUAAAACAAGAAGUUGAAGAAUUAAAGAGUAGGCUGGACGAAUAUGAUGAGAAAUAUGGUAUUAAGGACCCUGGAGAUGAUCCGUUACAUAUUCUCACCACUAAAAUCGAAGAAGCGGAGAAAAAAAUCGAGAAAAUAGAGUCAGAAUGUGAUUAUUUAAGAAAAAAUGAAAAGCAAUUAUUACAAGAACUUGAAGUUCUGGGUGAUCAUUGGGCACGUCAAGACCAGGAAAAUACUGUCAAAGUGUUUGAAAUUAUAGCACAUGAUGAAAAAUUGCAAAACGCGCGGGAAUCGGAAGCAAAAGUGAAACAGAAAUUAAACUCUAUAUGGAUGGAAAAUGUUUCUUUGAAAAAACAGAAGAAUCAUUUAUCUACAGUUAUUCAAAAUCAAACAGAUCUCUUGCGACAAAAAGGCUAUCUCGAAGAAAAUCUUAAAUCACAACUGGAUAAUGCCAACAAAGAAUUAGCGUGUUCCAGACAAGUUGUGGAUGUUCAUAAGCUUAAAUUGCAUGAAUUUACACAACAGAAUAAGGAUUUAAAGGAAAAAAUUGAAAGAAGUGUGACUUCAUACAAUGAGAACUCCAAGAAACUUGAGGAGAGCAUAAAAUUAUAUGAAAAAGAAGCUCAUAAGUCAAGAAGAAGUGCUGAAGAAACUGAGAUGUAUAAGAGACAAGUUGAAGAUCUCCGAAGGACACAAGUAUCGGACACUACUGAACAACAAUUAAUUCAGAGUUAUGAGAAACUACUUAAAUGUUCGUCAUGUGCUAUUCGAUUCAAAUCACAUUGCUUAUUAAAAUGUAUGCAUACGUUUUGUAAAGAAUGUCUUGAAGCACAAGAAAAAGCACGUAAUCGUAAAUGUGCAAAAUGUGGGCUUCCAUUUAGUAGUACUGAUAUCAAGCAAUUGUUUCAUUAGAGCUCGAUUAAUACAAUAUUUUUUAUUUCUGAAAUACUAUAUUCAAAAUUAUUUGAUUAUAAUUAUGUUUAUAACAAUUUUGGUUUUAUGAUCUAUCAAAUUUUUUUGGAUUAGUAUCGUUUUGUUUUUCUUAUGAGUAAAUUUUUUAUUACUUUUCUUUGUACAAAUUUUCCUAACAUUUGUUCAUUUUUUAAUUAUUCAAUAAAUCAUUUCACC